GUGUCACUUGCUUCAUGAGGCUGUUCUUACAGCGAACAGUUUCUGGUACCCAGCCCCAGCGAUCCACACGCUAUCGGUUUGUUCGGCUAUUUGUUAUCUCCAGACACUAUCAUGGCAGAAGGCGCUAUUUCUUUUGCAAAAGACUUUUUGGCAGGUGGGGUUGCCGCUGCUAUCUCCAAAACAGCAGUGGCGCCAAUUGAAAGGGUGAAACUUCUUCUGCAGGUACAACAUGCCAGCAAACAGAUCACAGUUGACAAGCAGUACAAGGGAAUUGUGGACUGCUUUGUUCGGAUUCCCAAAGAGCAGGGCUUCAUUGCAUUCUGGCGUGGCAACACGGCCAAUGUCAUCCGCUACUUCCCCACCCAAGCCCUCAACUUUGCUUUCAAAGACAAAUAUAAGCAGAUCUUCCUGGGGGGAGUCGACAAGCACACCCAGUUCUGGCGAUACUUUGCCGGCAACUUGGCGUCUGGUGGCGCAGCCGGAGCUACCUCACUCUGCUUCGUGUACCCACUGGAUUUCGCCCGUACCCGCCUGGCAGCAGAUGUAGGAAAGGCAGGCGACACCAGGGAGUUUACUGGUCUGGUGGACUGUAUAAAGAAGGUCUCCAAGUCAGAUGGAAUGAAGGGGUUGUACCAGGGAUUUGGCGUGUCUGUGCAGGGCAUCAUUAUCUACAGGGCGUCAUACUUUGGCGUCUACGACACGGCUAAAGGCAUGCUUCCUGAUCCCAAGAACACACACAUUGUCAUCAGCUGGGCAAUCGCCCAAACAGUGACAGCUGUAGCUGGCGUGGUCUCCUAUCCCUUUGAUACUGUCCGACGGCGCAUGAUGAUGCAGUCAGGCCGGAAAGGAGCUGACAUUAUGUACACUGGGACUUUGGACUGCUGGAGGAAGAUUGCCCGUGAUGAGGGACCCAAAGCCUUCUUUAAGGGAGCCCUCUCCAACGUUCUGCGAGGCAUGGGUGGAGCCUUUGUAUUGGUUCUAUAUGACGAGUUUAAGAAACUGACUAACUAAAAGAAACCCUUCUUGCUGCCCCCAAGCCACUGUUUUAGACCAAGUAAACUAGCUGUUACAAUUAUGUAAUUUAGGCUUCAACUCAAACCCAAUCUUUUCUGUGCAGUAUUGAAUUAGGUUCUAGGCUAUUGUAGAUUCUGAGAUUUAAGGGGGACAUUACCUGAUUAUUGAACUGUUUUCCAUUUUAAGACAUUAUUUUCUUUGUUACUCUUUUUGGUCCUUAAAUUGUUUUACUGCAUUGUCAUUUUUGUACAGGAUGAUCCUGUGAACGUGUCUUCUUCUGCACAUAAUCAUUUAAACUAUUUAAUUUCCUCUGAACUUCAGAUCCCUAAAAUGUUCCCAUAAAUAUUUUCUUGGCAGUUCAGCCAUUUGUGUAGAGUUUUGCUAUGUCCAAAAUGAUCCUGAAGAUGGUAUCAUUGAACCAAACUACUUUUAUGCCUCUCCUAUUUCCUUUGAAGUGAUAGAGUCCUUGCUUUUUUAACAAUAAAGGGAAUUAAGAGUUUUAUGUUGUCACGUUUGGGAUUGGAAAAGUGUAGGAUGCAGAUGAUGUCAUAUAGGCUCACAGCAACAUGAAAAUAUUUGAGAAGUCUAAUUCUUUACAGACAUGUUUUUUGUCUGCUAGCUUUGAGGUUAACAGCAGCACAGACAAAAAUCUACCCAGAAUACAUUGCUUUUUCAAUUCCAUCUCUUGUGACAUUGAAUGUAUAUCUCCAUUAUUAUUUGUAUUAGAUCUCAUUGUAAGUGUUACCCUUGGAUGGGUAAUAAGAGUCAUUAUUCUUGGCUUUCCUGUCACUCUAAGAUGGGGCUGUUGAUGGUUUCAAGUUGAUUUUAUUAUUCAGAAAUUUUAUUCUAAGUAAUGGGAAGAGACUGAGGAAGGGUUACUUGUACAGUUCAAACUUGGCACUUUGUUUUGCAUAUAAAAUGUAUGUGCUGUGAUAUGGACACAAUGAAUGCAUUAAUAGCUCAGAAAUCUGCAAUCCUGUGGUCUCUCACUGACGUCAAUGUAAAGCCAGUAAGAAUUAAAUAAAUGUAUACCUAAUCACAUCCUGAAUUGAACACAAUUUGUAUGCUUGUUGACACCCAACAAGGAAGGGUUACUUGUACAGUUCAAACUUGGCACUUUGUUUUGCAUAUAAAAUGAAUGUGCUGUGAUAUGGACACAAUGAAUGCAUUAAUAGCUCAGAAAUCUGCAAUCCUGUGGUCUCUCACUGACGUCAAUGUAAAGCCAGUAAGAAUUAAAUAAAUGUAUACCUAAUCACA